CGUAAAAGGUUGUGUGCUUCCACGCACGCGAAACGUCCAGAGUAGAUGGGGGUCGCCGUAAUAAAGUUGAAGAACCCCCCGGUGAACAGCCUCAGCCUGGAGGUGCUGACGGAGUUUGUCAUCAGCCUGGAGAAACUGGAAAACGAUAAGACCUUCCGCGGCGUCAUCGUGACUUCGGACUGCCCCGGGAUCUUCUCGGCUGGCCUGGACCUGACGGAGAUGUGCGGGAAGAGCCAAGCGCACUAUGCCGAGUACUGGAGGGCCGUGCAGGAGCUGUGGCUGCGGCUCUACCUGUCCAACCUGGUGCUGAUUGCUGCCAUCAACGGAGUCAGCCCCGCGGGAGGCUGCCUGAUGAGCCUCACCUGUGACUACCGCGUCCUGGCGGACAACCCCAAGUACAACAUGGGUCUGAACGAGACUCUGCUGGGCAUCGUCGCCCCCUCCUGGUUCAAAGACACCCUGGUGAACACCGUCGGCCACCGCACGGCGGAGCGCGCCCUGCAGCUGGGGCUGCUCUUCCCGCCCGCGGAGGCCCUGCGGGUGGGCAUGGUAGACCAGGUGGUGCCCGAGGACCAAGUGCACAGCACGGCACUGUCGGUGAUGGCCCAGUGGCUGGCCGUUCCAGACCACGCUCGACAGCUGACCAAGAAUCUGAUGCGCAAGCCCACAGCCGACCGCCUGGUCAAACAGCGCGACGCGGACAUCCAGUACUUCCUCCGGUUCAUCUCCAGGGACUCCAUCCAAAAGUCCCUGCGCGUGUACUUAGACAAGCUCAGACAGAAGAAAGGCUAGGGUCCGGGCCGCGCACGCGGGGUUUGCACCACAUGUGGCCUUCUGGGGGCCCUCUUCUUCCAAUGGGUUCUAAGCAAGGUAUUUUCCGAUUUCAAGGUACUUUCAGCUCUUGGUCUCGCUGGUCUGUUCCUGGUAGCUAGUAUCCCAAGGCCACUGCCCCCCAAAAGCGCCUUUUCCGCCUGGCAAGUGGGCACGGCGGGAUCGGGGGGGCGGCAUCUCUGUUGGGGAAUCGUGAACUGGCAGGAGGGGCAGUGCAGGAUUCAGAGACAUCGCUGCUGAACGUCCCCUUUCCCCGAGCAGAAGUGUGAAUAAAGUCCUCACGUUGUCCCGUAA